AUGUCAUCGAAGAUUGAUUCCAAGAAUACCAACAGUGGCCGUAAGAUGGCACCACUUGUAGUAUGCCACAAAUGCAAAAAACAUGUGAAUAUAAAAACCACUGCGUUAUGUUCGGUCUGCAACCAUAGAUAUGAGCCAGACUGUGUUGGAUACCCAGAACAGACAUACAGGAUGAUGGAUCAAGAAGCUAAAAAAAAGUGGAAAUGCGUCACUUGUAUUAAAAACAAAAAGUCAAUUAGCAGCGACCUAACAAAUAUAACACUGAGAAAUAAAAAAAAACAAGUAGGUAAUACACAACCCCCGACCCAAUCCAUUAUAAUAAAAAAACAUCAACCUGUAGAUGCGUCGCAGAUCCAUGAUUCCCAUGUACUUACUGACUAUAAUUCGUCUUCUGAACCGGAUUACACACCUCCAAAAAUGUCAAAAAGUUUGGAUGGAACAUCAUCGGAUCUGAACUUAGAUUUAAUAUCAUUGUUAGAAAUGAAAGAUACUAUAUCCCAAUUGACUGGUGAACUCGUUAGCACACAAUCUGAGCUGGAUAAAACAUUACUAGAAAACAAUGAUCUUCAAAAACAAGUAAACAAGUUAACUGCAGAAAAUAAUAUGCUAAAAUCUUUAUGUCAAUCUGCUUCAUUGCCAGACGCUAGUUUCCGUAGCAGUAUCAAAAAGAAGAGGCACUCCUUGGCAUACUGCACAACAUCUACCCCAUCAUCACCUAUUUAUUCUUCAAACACUAACUACGAAUAUAAAAACAAUAUCCCUAAAAAAAAAAAUUGAAGAUCUACAGCUACAAUUGGAUAGAGCUAACCUUGAAAUUUCAGCUCUGACCAAACAAAUAGAGAUACUGUCGCAGUACUUACAAAAUAAAACUGAAGUCUUGAAUCCGACCAUGGUUCCGAGAAAUCACGAACACAGACUGGAAAAAACUAUAUUUAUAUUCGGUACUCAACAAUGUGUUGGUCUGGCCUCGGCUCUACUGCAAUCAAGAUCAAACACCAAGUAUGAAAAAUAUGGUAUCCUUGCGGAAACGAAUCCAAAUGCGAAAUGUGAUAUAAUAAUUCAGAACUGCAUAAAAACAACUUUAAAACCGAAUGAUAAGCUUGUGAUAUGUAUAGGGGAAAAUGAUAAUAACUUGGGGCAAGUUUUAUCACAGUUAGAAGGUUUAUUGGAUACAUUUUACAAUAAUAGGAUAAUUGUACUAAAAGUUAGCAAUAGUAAUUCCUUAAAUGUUUCUAAGUUGAAUUAUAGCGUAGAAAAAUUAUGUAAAAAGUUUAAAAAAUGUUACUUUCUUGAUAUUGGAAACUUUAAGUUAUCAGAGAUUUGUAAGUCUAUAAAUUAUGUAAUAGAUUGUAACGACUACGAUGAAAAAUACUUAUAUCCCGGAAAUAUUAAACAAUUUAUAAUGCGUAAUCAACCAAGUAGCAAUAUAGCUAUAAGUAACAGUAAGCCUAAGAAAGGAACAAUUCCCUACUAUUUCAGUAUACAAAAUUGCGAUAAAACUGAACAAACAAUAAACACAGCAGUAUCAAUCGGGACUAUAAAUAAAGGCACAAUACCUUAUUACUUCCCUAUAUUAAAACAUAAAGGAGAUAUUUUUCGUGUCUAA